AUGAAUGAGGACAAAGAAACGAUAGCAGAAGUUGAUGAUGACUUAUGUUUUGUUAAUCAGUGGGUAGAUAAAUUAUCUCAUGGGAAAUCUUUCACUUUACGCGUAUUUGUCGAAUCAUUUCAAUCUGAAAUGAAAUCUAACAAUCGUGAAAAACGAGAAAAUGGAUUAAAACGAAUUUGUUUAGUGAUAAGUAAACUUCCACAAAAUUAUCCAUGGGAGUUACCUCAUGUGGAAUUACUCAUGAAUUUCUUCCUAAUGAAUUAUAGUAUUUUUGAUACUCCGAACUUUUUUAUACUAACAGUUCUGAAGAAACUGCUAAUGAUUAAUUUACGUGUGAAAAGUAGUAGCAUUGAUUCUCUUGUUGACACUUUAUUUCGUCAAGGGCAAGUGCAAACUUGUGCCCAGAGGGAGCGAUUCGUAUUUUAUCAAAUUUUAGAUCUAUUACUUAACAAAUACUCUAAAGAACUCUCGACGAAUACAUACUUUAUUUCCUACUUUAUGUCGUCUAUAUCCGGAGAACGAGAUCCUCGAUGUCUCAUUCUUGUUUUUCGUCUUUUUUGCACUUUCUUCAAACAUUUUAAUUCUGGAGAUUUUCAAAGAAAUUUGCUUGAUCUUUAUGCGAGUGACUUGUUUGAUAUCAUCGCUUGCUAUUAUCCUAUUGAAUUUAAUCAUAAUUCAAGGGAGCGAACAGAAAUUACCAGGGAAUUGUUGGUUAGUGGAUGUGAAAGUUGUUUACUUGCCGAUGAAGAAUUUGCACCCUUUGUUUUUGAAUUGAUUAUUGAAAAACUUCUAGAUAGUGAAUAUUCGACGGAUACAAAAUUGGAAAUUUGCUCAUUUUUGGCCAAGGCAUGUGCAUUUUUUCCUUGUUAUCAGCUCAUUGAUCACAUUGGUCAAUUGUGUGCAGGUAUUAGAUCAGUUCUAUUCAAUUUCCCAAAUGAUACACGUGAUGAUUAUAUGCCAGAAUCAAUCACUGCUGCUGUUUCUUCAAUAAUAAAAGCUUUCGAUAGAAGCAAUAUUAAGGAUAAAAGACAACACAUUGAAAGUAUAUGUCAUGAAUUUAUUGAAAAGGGUGAAAUGUUUGUGCUACAAACUGAAUUAGGUCUAACAGGUCGGCUUUUAGCAUUUUUUGAGAUUUUACUAAGAUCUAGCGAAUUAUGUUCCACCGUUAUUUUCGAGAGCGUUUUCUCAUGGCUGCUGUCAUUAUGCAAAGGUGAUACGGCAAGUUCUAGUGCUAAUAAAUAUGAAAUUGUUAAUAGCGGUUUGAGGUUUUUGUGUCACUGGAUUGAUGUAGCUGAUGAUUCUAAGCAAGUUGCACUCCUUCGGAAGUACCAUAGUUCAUUUAUUGAAAUGCUUGACAAAUAUGAUCGUGAGAUCGCUCAGCUUGCACGUUAUAAAUUACUGGAGGUUUGUAUUAAGUUGGAUGUGCAUACGAAUGGAUUGUUGGAGAAGUGCAAAGUUUUCCUGCGAAAAAGUUUUGAUACUAUUUGCAGUGAGAAUAAGGAAUUAAGGAAUAGCUGUCUGAUGUUUGUCUAUGCUUUUGCAUCAUCUAAAUGGACCAUCCUAAAAGAUUUGUUUGUAAACGAAAUUGGCAAUAAUAAAGAAAUAUUUCCUCUAACACCAUUGCUUUGGUCUAUUAUUCAUGACAUAGAUAGUCUUCAUUUUGCUGUAUCUUAUCUUGGAACAUUGUUUCCGACAACAUCAGCUUGCUCAAAUGAUCUUCAAGAAAUUUUCAUUGAAAUAUUCAACAAAAACAGAUCAGGAAGCAUCACAUUACACGAAACAUUAUUGAGUCAAACUUUAAAUUGCUUCUUUGUAAGGCUUGAACUUCAUAUGGGAUCAGAAAAAGAUGUAGAAGCAGAAUCGAAAUUAUUGCAACAAAUUGGACUAAUAAUUAGUAAUGGAACACAUCUGGAUGGCCUUUGUUUGAUUCGGGAAAAGUUGAAAUAUUGUCCAAGUUUAUUACCAGGCUUAUAUCUAUACAUUAUCCAAUCUCCGUAUAACGAUGAACUUCUGAAGCUAUUAACGCAAUUGGAUUCUGUAGAUGGUAAUCUAAUUUGGUAUAAAACAUUGAUUAUGGCUGCAUUGGUUAACAAAUCUCCAAAUUAUAUCGAAACGCUUAAGCAUAUGGAGAAAAUAGCGCAAAGUUUUGAUUUUUUGGAUAGUUUCAAAUGUAGGACUCGGUUAUGUGUCGCGCUUCUUUUGACUGAUCGUCCUGAAGGAUCUACAUAUUUUACCGCACUUCUACGUGAUCUCGUUCAAUACUUUGAUUCCGAAAAUAUCACUGUGUUAAAAGAAACUUUAGUAGAUAUGUUAACUUUUAAUACUUGCUACUCCGAUCCGAUAAAAUGCAAGUAUCAAACAACAUUUUUGUGGCAACAACGACUCUUUUGUCAGUUGAUUCCUAUCUAUGUUCAAUAUUUCAAUGAUUUAAGCAAAGAAUCUCAAAAUAAACGGAUUGUUUUGUAUCCUUUAUUAGCACCGCUUUUUGCGCUUGCUGCAUCAUCAACAGCUAUCAUGAAUGAUAAAUAUGUGGAGUUAUUGCCCAUACUUUGUGCUGCUUUGGAUACAUCAGGAUUGGAUUUGUGCGCAGAAGGACAGAUUAUUACAGGUUUAGCAGCAUUAUUGAAAAAUGCAACAGCUGAACAAUUGGGUCAUGAUUUCUUGUUGAAAGUGCUACCACGAUUGCAACAUUAUCUUGAGCAUAACACGAAUAUGAUGGUUCAGUUGGCAACACUUGAAUGUUUAAAGUUAAUAGCACAAAAAUGGUCUUCUGAAGCAUUACUUCCAUUUUAUGGUCCUAUUGUUCGUAGUUUAAUCAAAAUUUCCGGAUCUCAGAAGCGGAUUGUUCGAACAGCAGUUGCAAAUGUCCGAAAUUUAUGGGAAUUGCUACCAACGAAGUAG